CGAUACUGACAGGCCCCGCCAGCACCGGGCACAGGGGCCGCGGGAGGAAAGGAACUCCACAGCGGCUCAGCUGCCGGGCGGAUCGUCCGGAGAUAACCGACCGGGAAGUGGCAGAGGCAAGUGGUAAGCAUUCCACCAGACUCCUGGCAAUCUGAAUUUUAGAUGUGAUGAAGAGGAUUUGAAAGGCUAACAGCUCACAGGCUAGAUAAGACCAUGGUUCGCCUAACAAAAAGGAGGCUGUCAGACUCUCAAGUGGUCCAGCGACUCUGGAAUGCUAUUGAAGUCAUCCGCAAUCAGAAGCAAAUUGCAAACUUGGACAGGAUAACAAAGUUCAUGUCUCGCCUUCACAGUAUGCAUCCAAAGGACACCAAUCGGCAGCUGGGCCUUGCGGUAAAAGAUGGCCUGAUUGUUGAAACCCUGACUGUGGGCUGCAAGGGUUCAAAGGCAGGAAUCGAACAGGAAGGAUAUUGGCUUCCAGGGGAUGAGAUUGAUUGGAAUGUAGAAAGUCAUGAUUGGUAUUGCAUGGAGUGUCACGUUGCAGGAGAGAUCCUAACUUGUGAUUCUUGCUUUCGCGUGUAUCACCCAAAAUGUCUCCCUGAUGAAUUCAGGCCACAAGACAGCAGUUCACAUUGGCAGUGCCAAGUGUGUAAGAGCAUGAAAAAGAAGAACACAACCAAGCAAGCUAUGGGAAGGUAUCUGGGUUACAUUGUUUCUCGCAUGAAGGAGAGGGCUUCAGAACUUGGUAAGAAGGGAAAGGAGAGCAAGCAUCCAAUGUACAGGAGAUUAGUCCAUACACCUAUAGACGUUGCCAGCAUACAAGAGAAACUGAAUGAAAACAAAUACAAAAGUUUUGAUGAGUUUAAAUCUGAUGCCCAAUUGCUUCUUCACAACACUAUAUUAUUCUAUGGAGCUGAUAGUGACCAGGCAGAAGUAGCCAGGGCUCUUUUUAAAGACACUUGCCAUGAGCUGGCAGAACUUCAGCUAUGCAAGAACUGCUUCUACCUGUCCAAUUCACGGCCUGAGAACUGGUUCUGCUACCCUUGUGUUCCCAAUCAUGAGUUGGUGUGGGCCCGAAUGAAAGGAUUUGGGUUUUGGCCUGCCAAAGUCAUGCAACGCCAAGACAAUCAGGUGGAUGUGCGCUUCUUUGGGCAUCAUCAUCAGAGAGCAUGGAUUCCAUCGGAGAAUAUCCAGGAUAUUACUGUUAAUGUUCAUCAGCUGGCAGUAAAACGAAGUCUGGGUUGGAAGAAAGCCUGUGAUGAGCUUGAACUGCACCAGCGUUUCGUCCGUGAAGGCAGGUUCUGGAAGAGUAAAGCGGAGGAUAAAAUGGAAGAAGAAGCAGAGUCCAGCAUCUCUUCCACAAGUAAUGAGCAGCAAAAAAGCACACAAGAACCCAAGAACAAGAAAUCCAGACGGAAUCAACAUUCAGACGCCAAAGAUGAAGAGCCAGAACCAGAAAUUGAGGCGGUCAGUUCAAGCCAGGAAAUACCGUCAGUGCCACCCCAAACCGAGAAGGUUUCAAUUGCAACGCAAACAAAGAAGCUAAGUGCCUCCUCACCAAGAAUGUUACAUCGGAGCACCCAGACUAAUAAUGACAUCCCCUGUCAGAAUAUGUGCCAUGAAAAGUACACCAAAAUAUUCAAUGAUUUUAAGGAGCGCAUGAAAGCAGAGCAAAAACGGGAGACGGAACGAGUUGUGAGAGAAGCACUAGAAAAGUUGCGCACUGAAAUGGAGGAGGAAAAGCGUCAGGCAGUGAACAAAGCUGUUGUCAACAUGCAAGCCGAGAUGGAUAGAAAGUGUAAGCAAGUGAAGGAAAAAUGCAAAGAGGAAUUCAUGGAAGAGAUCAAAAAACUGGCCACACAGCACAAGCAGUUCAUCUCCCAGACCAAAAAGAAGCAAUGGUGCUACAACUGUGAGGAAGAAGCAAUGUACCACUGCUGCUGGAACACCUCGUACUGCUCCAUCAAAUGUCAGCAAGAGCACUGGCAUGCUGAGCACAAACGAACCUGCCGUCGGAAAAGAUGAAAGUUUUCUCCUCCACAACAGCCAUACUAAGAAACAGAGAUAGCUUCCUUCUCACAGACAGUGCUGGUUUUAUUUUGGAGCCACAUUUCUGUGAAUCUUGCUUCCCAUUUGCACCAGCAUUUUAAUCUACAAAGCUUAGUUUCCUCUUUCCCCCCUCCCCCAACCAUCAUCCACUUACCAGUUAGCCGAACCAAGUCGGUCUGUGUUGAUUUUAACCAGAUACUUUUUUGUGUGUUUUUUAACUUCUUUUACAUCAGUGGUCAUGUGAUCAAUACUUCGGGACAGGGUUGACACAGCAGGUAAUAAACCUGCUUUAAAAAAAACUGUUAAUAUUUCCCAACUCUGCUUUUUUAUAUUUUUCUUACGUAUGCUACUUUUAUUAAUAAAAAAUGAAUGUUGAUCAUGUAUUAAAGCAGGGAAAUGGGAUUUCUAAUGAGCUGGACCUUAGAGAUGGAAUGAACAUUUAGUUCUGGUUUUGUAAUUUGCACAUUUCUUUUCUUCCUAACCCAAAAGAGUCCACACGCAUGUAAAAUUGCCAAAUACUACCUUUAUGUACCAGUAGGUAUGAACAGAAAAAUUACAGUGAAUUUUGCUUUCUGCACCAGUGUUCACUGAAUAUCUGUGCAGUUGUCUGUCUUGCAGUUGAAUUGUAUAAAAUAAAAUGAAGCACUUAGUUUUUUUUUCUCAGCAGCUCUUAGGUUUUGGAUUGUAAUUAGCUAUUGCUGCCUGUUUGCUUACAGUCCUUGUCACCUUAGACAGAAUGAUGUAUCUGCAUGUCAAUCCAUUUAUAAAAGGCAUUGUGAUUGUGAUGGGUCUGUACCUUGCUACGUGUCUGGUACAAAACACAUACCAGUAAAUGUUUUGUGGUAUUGCAGAAAACGGAAAAUAAUUUUAAAUAUAGAAUCAUUCCAAAGGCUGUUUGAACCUUUUACUCGUAGCUGCAUGAAAGUAAGACACGUGUAACUUUGACUGUUCUGUUUUCAUGUCUUGGUAACAGCAUUGCACCUUCUUCAAAUUAUGCAGUAUAAACACUCUGAUAAACAUGACUGUGGCCUGAUUUUGUUUUAAAUUAUCACUAAAUUAACCUGCUUUGGAUUGUUUUAGACGAAGCAUUAAAAUCAAUUCAUAGCUAAAUACAAUUGCCAUUUGUAACUCCAUCAUGUAAGGUUUAGCCACUCUGCACAUUUAUUCAUUUUAGUGUGGCAUCACAUGGCAGUUCAAUUAGGACAUGGCAAAUCCUGGGCUUUUUUGUAAGUUUUUCUUACUGGCAAUAUAUUAAAUCAUCUGUGUUUACAUUGGGCAAUAAAUGUAUUUCAGAGAUGUACUUUGAAUGUUUAACUUUUGGUGUUUAUUUAUAUAUAAAUAUAUAAAAUAAAAAUAAUUGGCAAGGA